AUGCCGAAGAAUAGUCACCACCAUCGUUCCAAUUCGGUAAAUUCCACAAAGAAUCGUUCUACGGAAUCUACGAAUAAAUGGAAAAUUCCGCACUAUUAUCGCAGAUCCGCUAGCGGCAGCACACAAGCUUCGCCGGAUAGGAACUCUUCAACAGGCUCAUGUACCACUCCAGUAUUGCCUACUAUGAAUGUUAUGUCCAGCCCGAAAAAAGUUUUGUUGGAGGAUCCCAGAGACAACCACACCAAAGCGAAGAAGAGUAGUAGAAAGAAGUCAGGUGAAAUGGUCUUCGUCAAUUAUACUGUACAGGACACGGCUAACGAGGAUGAUACUGACCUACAGACCCAACCAGUUUCUGUUCCAGCACCAAAGGCAAAAUUAAAGAAGAAAUCUUCCAAGAGGAGAAUGCUGAAGAUAUUUGGCUCGUCGAAGAGCGAGCAUAUAGAAGACAUCGUCGAAGAACAACCAAUGGUGCUGCAAAUGGAUCCAAACUCUAAACCCCAGUCAGGAACCCUUAUCUCAGAGAGCGGGGUCGAUACCUCGUCACUAACAUCCAAAAGAUCUUACAACUCGUUCUUAAAACACAACAGGCUAAACGGUAAAACCCCUUUCUCCGGUAACUUGUCCUUCCCAUCACUAAACAUGAUGGGUAACACUAGUGAUCUGCCUAUUGACAAUAAUGAUUUUGGUUCCGAGAAAGAAGUCGUUCCGAAAUCGACUCACGAUCCUUCACUGGCAAAACCGCCAUCGAGAUUCGCUGAAAGCGAAACAAAUUCUACUUCCAAUUUAUCAAGUAUACCUCUCAUGAACACAAAAAAUACAAGAUUGAAGUACAAUAAAGUGGCGUCUCAAAGUUUGGACCGACAAAGGCUACAAGAAAGUGGAUUGUAUCAUUCUACCGAAUCAUUCAAAUUUAAGGAUCAAAGCUAUAGUAACAAUAAAUCCUCCCUAAGUCUGAAUUCCGACUUAAGUACUCCCCACUUUACAAAGCAUUCACCCGAUUCACCAAGAACUUCAAGAUCUUUCAACUGUGCAGACUCACAAAGUAGAGUUAAAUUACCGGAAGAAAAUGAUGCUUCUAUUGCAUUUAGUAAAAUGUUUACUAGAAAACGAGCCAACACUGGCGGGUCCACGUGUUCGCUAGCCUCACCCACGAUUGCACAAAGUGUUCAGCAAUCUAAUAUAAAAGUUAAUAAAUUGCCAACUCAACGAACCACUUCAGUUGGCUCAUUAUCAUCAAUGUCAAAUCGUUAUUCCCCAAUAAGAGUCGCAUCGCCGGGAAGAGCAAGAUCUGGAACUCGCGGAUCUUCCCUUUAUAGAUUAUCAAGAGAUCUAAACUCUUUACCAAGUGUCACUGAUCUACCAGAAAUGGAUAGUACAACUCCAGUUAAUGAAAUAUUCUUGGACGGCCAACCCCAGCAUAAAAAUGGUAGUGCUAAAGGCGGACAUAAAAAGAAACAAGAAUCUAUCUCAGAUGCUCAAAGAAAUCAAAAUGCAAAUUCGUACAUCACAACACCAUCAUCUUCUCUCGUAACCCCUCCUUACUACAUGACAGGCUACACAUUACCAAGUUCGGCAUCUGCUUCUUCAACUCCAAAUGUACUUGAAACAAACAACAUGAAUUUUGUUCCAAGUGCCAAUACUGUUACUAGUUAUCGCCCGUCUAGUAAUUUUUCCUCUUUUGACAAGGAAUACGGCAACGAAAAUGAUGCUACUGGAGAAUUAUCUGCAUUUAACACCCCAAUGGAGAAUAUACCGGCACUAAAAGGUAUACCCAGAUCCACUUUAGAAGAGGAUGAAGAAGAGGAUGUCCUGGUACAAGAUAUCCCAAAUACAGCACAUUUCCAAAGAAGAGAUAUUGUUGGGAUGGAUACUCAUAGGAAGGAUGAUAGUUUGGACUUCAACUCUUUACUACCACACGGUAGUACAACUAGCAGCAGCAUCGUGGAUUCUGUAAUGACGAACUCAAUAUCCACUACAACAAGUAACGCAACCGGAAACUACUUGCAAGAUCAAGAUAAGUAUACAUUGGUAAAUACGGGACUGGGAUUGAGUGAUGCAAACCUCGAUCAUUUCAUUAGAUCUCAAUGGAAACACGCUUCUCGAUCAGAAUCCAAUAAUAAUACGGGCAAUCGCGUUUCUUAUAGCGGUUCCAUACCAAAUAUUACUGAUACAACAAAAGGUAAUUUGCAAGUGUUUACUGAGUUCGAUUUUGAGAAUCCAGAGUCGUUUUUCCAUGAGCAAUCGAAACUGUUGAGUGAGAUGGGCCACAGCAAUAACAACAGCAGUAACGCCAUCAAUAUGAACGAACCCAAGUCUGCGGAUACAUACAUUGGAAAUAUAUCCCCAGAUACUUCAGCAACCGUUUCAUUAGGCGACCUGAUGGGUUCAAACGUUUCAAAUAAUAGUGAAAGAAAUUUUUACGAUGGCCAUACUUUUGUUCCACAAUACCAAGCGAACUCAUCUGUGGAAAAUUCAGGUAACCAGAAUGCAGCACCGAUUGCAAAUAACGACAUUGAUAAUAAUUUACAGUCUUUUUAUUUUGAUAAUAGCAACUAA